CUGAUUGGCGGGGACCACGGCAUCAGCAGCAUCUCCCUACGAGAGGAGGGCGGCGAGACUCCAACAGCCGCUGCCUUCGGGAUCCUCAGCUCCCUCCUGCAAGACCUCGGACUCGGACUGCGAGCAGCUGCGUCUGCGCCCGCCGCCGCUUUGAUCCCCUCCUCGGCCCCUCCCCAACAAAGUGGAGGUCCCGGCCGCCCACACAGCUACGUCUGCUCGGGACCCGGCCGGGGAGGCAGGGGCCAGAACCCCAGGGUCGCGCGGCACCAUCCACGCCCCCCGAAGCGCAGCGGUCGCCGCGCCCCAGCCGCCAAGACGCCUCGUAUCUUGUACCGCGGGAAAAGCGGGUCUUCAUCCAAAAUGGGCCGGCAGGGCUUGGGGGGCGCCGGCGCUGCGGGGCGCUCCAUGCAGCGCUCCCAGAGCCGAAGCAGCCUCUCCGCCUCCUUCGAGGCGCUGGCCGGCUACUUUCCCUGCAUGAACUCCCUGGAGGAGGAGGAAGGAGAAUCAGGAGGUAAAAAGCUACGGAGCACUGUCCAAAGAAGUACAGAAACAGGCCUGGCUGUGGAAAUGAGGAACUGGAUGACUCGACAGGCGAGCCGAGAGUCUACAGAUGGCAGCAUGAACAGCUAUAGCUCAGAAGGAAAUCUGAUUUUCCCUGGUGUCCGCUUGGCCUCUGAUAGCCAGUUCAGCGAUUUCCUGGAUGGCCUUGGGCCUGCCCAGCUCGUGGGGCGCCAGACUCUGGCUACACCUGCGAUGGGUGACAUUCAGGUAGGAAUGAUGGAAAAAAAGGGACAGUUGGAGGUGGAAAUCAUUCGGGCUCGUGGUCUUGUUGUAAAACCAGGUUCCAAGACACUGCCAGCACCAUAUGUAAAGGUGUAUCUAUUAGAUAAUGGAGUCUGCGUAGCCAAAAAGAAAACAAAAGUAGCAAGAAAAACGCUGGAACCCCUUUACCAGCAGCUAUUAUCUUUUGAAGAAAGUCCACAAGGGAAGGUUUUACAGAUCAUUGUCUGGGGAGAUUAUGGCCGCAUGGAUCACAAAUCUUUCAUGGGAGUGGCCCAGAUACUUCUAGAUGAACUGGAGCUGUCCAACAUGGUGAUUGGAUGGUUCAAACUUUUCCCCCCUUCAUCUCUAGUAGAUCCAACCUUGGCCCCUCUGACAAGAAGAGCUUCCCAAUCAUCUCUGGAAAGUUCAACCGGACCUUCUUACUCUCGUUCAUAGCAGCUGUAAAACUGCUGUCAUAGCAACCAGCGUUACAAAAAAAAAAAAAAUCACAGGUCGCAAACCCUGGUAACACUGCAUGCUUAAUGUUGUGUCUUCUGAGCCUGUUUCUAGGGAUACAAAGCGAUCCUGUGUUCUCAGAGGAAGUUGCACACAUUGUGCCCUAAAGAAGGCCCUCAGGUGAAAGAGCAGAACUAUGAAGAAUUAUCAGGUUUGGAGUUCAAUUCAUACUCAAGUUUUGGUCCAAUCUGAAGCCAUGGAUUAAUCUCAAAGAAUCAGUCAGUUUCAUGCAACAAAAGCCCUUUUCAGUGGCACCUUUAUAUUUUUAUCGUUCCUUUUUCUUCGUUUCUCUGACCCCAAAGCCCUGUUAUGCCACAGAAAUGGAGCUAUACAGCCAUUAAGCCAUGUUACAAGUCAAGGAGUGAAGUCCUAGGAAGCAUCAGGUGAAAAGCAGGAGACCAAAGAAGUGGUCCAGGACAAAAAGUCAGCCCUCGUCUGAACGGUGGUAGGAGCAGCCGGUCCAGCGUGAGCAGUGGCCGACCGCGGAGCUCUGGCAGACACGUCAUUCCCUAACGCCAAGAUGGGCUGGACUCUGAAAAACAAAAUUCUGUGGCUACACUGUACUGAAUGAAAUUCAAGAAACUUUUUUUGCAUGGACACAGAUUAGCUGAAUACUUAAAUUAUUUUCUUGGGGCUGCAACUUGCAAAAAAUAAAAAUAAAAAUCAGCCAUUUUCAACAAUUUAUAUUAUUUUUAAAGAUAAAUUUCACUAGUGCAUGGUUUUAAAAGGGGGAGAGAAUGCAGGGUGAUACAAAGACACACCAUGUUUAUUCUUUAAACUAAUCAUAGUCUGUGUUUUGGCAGACAUUACAAAUGAAAAUACUUUUUAGAAGAUACUUAAAAUUCUCUUUAUGUGACAAAUAAGUAUAUAUUCAAUUUAUUUCCAUGUUAAAUAUACAAACCUAAUGAAGUUCAAUAUGUGCAAAUCGUUCACAUCUUUCUUCCGCUGUCUCACUUCUCUUCUUCUCCCUCUUUUAAUCUUUUACUUUCUUUCACCCUACCAUAGUAACCAUGGUAUACUAAAAAAAUUACAAGAUUUUGACCUGAUACUCUCUUAUACCCCAUGUUUGAUUCAGAGCUGUAGAUGCUUCUGAAUUUAUGAAUUUCUCAAGGAAAAAAAAACUAAGAGCUUUCUUUAUUUCAAGCAUGUUGAAAAGGAUUUUGCAACAUGGCUUGGGAGUACAUUAAAGUAAGUCAGCAUGUAUUUGAUAAAGAAGAUAUUUGAACUUUUGCAGUUUAUUGUACAGUGCAUGGUAAUUUUAUUUUCACCUUCAAAGUUCAGUUUACAAGAAAAUUCUAAAAUCAUGUGGCCAUUGUAAUGUCUAAUAAAUUUGUUUUUAGCACCAGCAUUAUUCAUACAGGGGUUAAAGUAUUAUUUCUAGAAUGUCUUAGGUUUUGUUUUUUAAUUAAUUAAAGCAAUUUCUUUAGCUGGUUUCCAUAUACUGGGUGAAUAGAAACACUGCUAAAACUUUGGGGCCCUGAAACAAAGGGACUGUUUAUUAAUUCAUUUUUCUGUAGUAAAAUUCAAUUUUUCACAAAUUAUAUUUCUAAAGAAAUAUAGUAAACAUGAAUUUGCAACAAAUAAUUUUAAAGCUCCAAUUUUUAGGUGACUCCAAGAAAGUCAAUCUGCCUAUUACUAGUUCUUUGAUGCCAUCACCAAAAGUCUACACAUAAAUCCCCAAAAGUUAAACCCCUGCCUUUGGUUUUACAGAUAGUUGUUACCGUUGGGUGGUUCUGCAAGGUCAAAUUUCUCUUAGUUAAGUUCCCCUAUUUAGAGGAAAAGUUACUGGUUAAUGUAAUAAACCACCCAUACUUUCUGCUUUUUUUACGUACACUUUGAUAACACAUUCUAUAGUUUGAUUUUAAUUUCUCGUAAUAACUUGAAAUCCACAUACAUAACCAUUUCUUUAAACUAAGGCCAUGCACAAAAAUCACUUUCUUUUUUUUUUUUUUUUCUUUUUUAAAUUCACUGCUGACCAUUAAAAACUAUCAUGCUUGAUGUGGUGCAAAAGUUAAAAUGAGUAUCACUAAAAAUGCCUUCUCUUUAUGUGGUGCAAUAUGAACUAUACUGAGACUGUGUCUUGACAUUCUGAGAUCUGCGAUGGACCCGGGUAAAGUUUUUCAAAGAAUGAAUAAAACUUUGUUGAAAUAACUUAGACACUUGUGUACCAGCAAACAAUUGAUUUAAUAGACCUAGAGUGUCUAUACUCUCCCUUAGAAUAAACGUUUACCAUUUUCCCGAUACUAAGAUGCAGUCACAUAAUCUUUUGUGCAUAUUCCUAUAUAAAUUAUUUCUAAUUUUAAUAAGAAGGACACGACUAUGGAAUAUUUGUACAUACACAUCAUUAUGCAGUAUUUAUUUAAAAGUUCGUGUACCUUUUUUUAAUUUUCACCUAUCUGCACCUCAACUUGUGGUUUAGUCAUGUAAAUAGCACUAUUCCAGUGACCACUGCUGCCCUGAACAUAAGCUAGUAUGUUUUAAAAGUCAAGGGAAUUCCAGUUGGGAAACAAAAAAGGGGGGCAGAUUAGUCCUGUAAUGAACACCAACUAAUGUAAAUCAAAUUCAUUCUGGUGAUGGGAUUUAACACUUUAAAUAAAACAUUUUCUUUACA